AACAAAUCACGUUUUUCGGGUUUUUGUAUAAAUAAAUGAUAAAGCAAGAUGGACAAAUUUUAAGGAUAAGCCAUUAAUAAGUGAUCUGUGAAUUUUUAAGGAAAAGACGAAAGAAACAGAGAGAGUCGAGACACAACUGUCUCCAAGAAGACAACCUUCCACAGCUUAAGGGAAACAGAGGUGGAAACAGAGGUGAAAACAGAGCGAGUAAAGAGAUGGAGAGAGAGUGUGAAGAAGGAGAAAUGGAGAAAAAGCUGAGACGAAGUUUCAUGGGCUAUACUAGGAGAGCUGGUCCUUCCACUCCUCCACCCACCUGGCGGCUCGAGUUUUCGCCGCCACGAGUCGGAGCGACCAAGGAGUUUUUGGCGAAUUCGGAGGACUCUGUCCGGAAAUUGUGUGCUGAUUUGUGGGAAACUGAACAAUUCCGGCAAAGAAUUGAGCUGCGACGGUGUCGACGAAGGGAUUCAGAUGUGGAAUCGCAUUCCCGUAGCCCGCUUCACGAUCAUGUCGUAAAGUUGUGAUCUUUACGGUGAGGUUAGAGUAUAUUCGACCGGAAAAAAUCUCAUUUUUGCGCAAAUUCCACCGAGAAAAUCUCAAAGUAUUGUUCUUUAUGAUGUGGUCUUUUGCUCGUCUAUGCACAAAUUUCAUUGGACAAAUCUCAUGGUCGUAAAGUUGGCUCGUAAGUGUGUUUAGUAUUUAUAUAUGAGUUUUAAUUUGCAGCCACCAAGCAGAGCUAGCUUGAGGAGGCAAAUUGCAGCAACUGAUGAUUAUAGAAAUGGUGAUCUGUUGCAACCUAUCUCUCCUGCAAGUUGCAGCAGCAGCAGCAGUUCAUUGCAGGUUGUGGUGCGUAAGCCAGCGUUUAGUCAGACAGGUUCUUCGGCGGUUAAGUCUGCAAGCUAUGGUUUGGGUUCCUCUACAAAGCUUCUCAAGGUGCUAAACCGGAUAUGGAGUCUCGAAGAACAGAAUACUGCUAAUAUGUCUUUGGUUAGAGCUUUAAAGAUGGAGUUGGAUGAAUGUAGAGCCGAGAUUAAGGAGGUUCAGCAACGGAAGAAGCUAAGCGAUAGGCCACUGAGGAAGAAAAAAGAAGAAGAAGAGGUAAAAGAUGUGUUUCGAUCCAUAAAGAGGGAGUUAGAUGAUGAGAGAAAAGUUAGAAAGGAGUCAGAGACUUUGCACCGGAAGCUAACACGAGAGCUUUGUGAAGCGAAGCAUUGUUUGUCCAAAGCUUUGAAAGACCUUGAAAAGGAGACACAGGAACGUGUUGUUGUGGAAAAUCUCUGCGAUGAGUUUGCAAAAGCGGUGAAAGAUUAUGAAGAUAAGGUGAGAAGAAUUGGCAAAAAGUCACCGGUGAGUGAUAAAGUAAUUGUGCAGAUUGCAGAAGUGUGGAGUGACCAGAGAUUACAAAUGAAGCUAGAGGAAGAUGAUAAAACAUUUCUUCUGCGAGCUAAGGAGAAGAGUAGAUCACAGUCAAGUAAAGGAAGUGGCUUGAGAGCAAAACCAGAUGAUUCGGUAUCUAUGCAUCAAAGGGUUUGCCUGAAGGAACUCGAAGAAGGGCUUGAAAAGCGAACAAGAAGAGAUAACAAACUGCAGCUUAAGAAGAGCUCAGGCCAAGUUCUUAAUCUAUCUAUGUCUUCGGAAGGAGAUAAGAUUCAUCCAGAGAGUAGUCCAAGGAACGUUGAUGAUCAUGAGAGUCAAGAAAAGUCUAGAACUUUCUCGAAGAAUCAUCCGAGAAAUGUGAAUGUGAUGAUCAGGGAAGAUAAUCAUCGUACUCUCAAGGAUAAGCUGAUGGAAGCUCGUGUAGAAAGUCGACGUUUACGUUCUUCUUUGAAACCAGAGUGAUAAUUCCGGUUCGAGCAAAUAAUUAACUCGUGUCUUCUCAUGUAUGUUGGAUUAAUUAUUUGGUUGUGGUUAAUAUUAAUGCUCGUUAGUCGUUAAAAAAACUAAAUAUUUUAAUUGUCCCAGUGA